AUGGUCAAUUCACCCAUACCGAAAGAUCUCGCAGCCGAAUGUAAAAAAGCAGCUAAAAUUUUGAACAGUUUUAUCGAUCCUAUUGAAGCAAAAGGACCUGACAAAGUUAUUCCGCAAUCUGUAUUGCAAAAAGCCAAAGGUUUUGCGAUCUUUACGGUCAUCAAAGCAGGCUUUUUAUUCUCAGGUAGAGCGGGUUCGGGUUUGGUCAUAUCAAAAUUAGAAGAUGGAUCAUGGAGCGCACCUUCAGCGAUAGGAACAGGAGGUAUGGGAUUUGGAGGUCAAAUAGGUGCCGAAAUGACAGAUUUCGUUAUAGUGUUGAAUAGUAGGGAAGCGGUAAAAACUUUUACGAAGGGUGGUAACGUCACAUUAGGAGGGAAUUUAUCUGUGGCAGCAGGUCCUAUCGGUCGUACGGCCGAAGGUGCUGGAUCAGUAUCACUUGGUCAUGCUGCUGCCAUAUUCUCUUAUAGUAAAUCAAAAGGUUUAUUUGCUGGUGUAUCAAUUGAAGGUAGUAUCGUUGUCGAAAGAAAAGACGCUAAUGAAAAAUUUUAUCAACGUAAGGUUAAUGCAAAAGAAUUACUCUCCGGUCAAAUUUCUCCUCCACCGCAAGCUGACGUGUUAUAUAGAGCUUUAAAUUCAAUGACAAAAGGUUCUUCUUUUAAUAAACGUGAUGAUGAUAAUGAUGAACCUCAUUCUCCUCAUUCAACAAAGUCUGUAUCCCGUAAUAUCAACAAAAAUACUUCGGUUAAUUCGAAUCGAUUUAGUACUCCCCCCCCUCCUUAUUCUUCUGUUAAUGGAGAUAAUAGUUCAAAUAACCCUUUUAAAAAAAAAGGUCACGAUGAAUCUCGAAAAUCAUCAAAUGUUACUCAAAGAGCAACUUUUAAUUCGACUUCUGGUAAACCUCCUUUGGCUCCAAAACCUCCGAUUCUACCCCGUAAAAAUAUAGAAACUGCUGUUGCUGCUUUCGAUUUUCAAGGUGAACAAGACGAUGAUCUUAGUUUUAAUAAGGGUGAUAUAAUUGUUAUUAAAAGAAAAACUGAUAGCAUUAAUGAUUGGUGGUUUGGGAGUUGUAAUGGAAAAGAAGGAAAUUUUCCUGCUAAUUAUUUGGAAAUUAAGUAG